CAACCAAACUAAUAUAAACCCAUCACAUUGACAUGUUCUCUCGAUCAUCACUAUAGAAUCUCAUUAAUUAAGUUAGACAACAACACACAACAACAAAUUCAUAUUAACAACAUGUCCAAAUCCGGAUCACACCGACCUAUAUCGUUAAAUCAGCAUUGCGUACGUCUAAAAAAUAUAAUGUUUUUUUUAUUUUCUUUUUCUUCAAAGAGUAAAUAAAAACAAACGCAAAAGAAUGGCAUCCAAUGAACCGGCUAAAAUAGCACAGAAAAAAAACAAAAUGGUAACCACCUUAUCGCUAAUUUGUAUUUUUAACUACUUUCUCUUAUUCCCACUCACACUAUUCACGUUUUUGUAUUCAUGAUGUGUACAGUGUAUAUAUAACGUAUAUUGUUACUAAUAAACGAAUAUUUGUAGUAUCCCUUUUGUUUCUAUCGUAAAAUUUCAUCUACCAAUAUGAACCUCGAACGGGAUUGGCUCCUAAAAUAUCCUCUUCAUAACAACAAAAGUGACGAAGACCCCAUCAUUAAAGUGCAACUAAUUUUUAGAAGACAUUUAUCAAGGUAUAAUGUUUUUUAAAAAAACGUGUUAUAUUCUUUUCAGAUAGAAAUGUGAUAUUCUUAGAGUAUACUUACUGCUGAUUAAUUAGUAUUUAGUACUAAGUUAAAGAAUCUUCAAUCCAAAAAAAAAAAAAAUUAAGAAAUUCAAAGUUGAAAUAAAGAGGGAAAAGAAAAGGUUUGAAUAUUUUUGAACCUCAAUAGAGAGUGGUUGGGGGUUGUGACGAGUCGCGACAAAAAUCAAGUACUACCACGUGGCGUGUUGCUUGACGUACACGUAGUACAUCCUCUCAGCAAAUCAGAAGAGAAACGCCCCCUCAGGUCAUCAUUUCUUCAUCAUCACCCAACAACAUCAAGCUCUCUCUUCGCCGGCCACCUGAGGGAUUUUUUUUUUUUGUUGGUACUUGUCGUCAUGUCUACGGAGCCAGGAGGAGUCGAAUCGGACUCCAAUGCUGAUUUUGCAGCGAAGGCGUCGAGGUUUGACUACGGAGUGGCUCACUCAUCUGAAACCCUAACUGAUGCUGCGAGCUUUCAAGCUCAGCAGGACCUGGUAGUCGAGGGAAAAGGUUCGGGCUCUUCUCGUGAUGAUAAGGAUGUGGAUUCUCAUGGUGAUAAUCUCUGUAAUGUGGUUGAUUCUGGUGCAGAACCUGGUGGUUUUGGUGAGCACAGAAACCUAGAUGGCUCAGGUGGGAAGGAAUCAAAGUUUGAGAAUCUAGAUGGUGUGGUUUCAGCUGGUUCAGAUCUGCUUAAGAGCAGCAAGGAUAAGAAUGGAUUUGCUAACGAGAAUCUGAAGCGGUCUGACUCUGAUUUGGUUUGGGCUAAAGUAAGGAGCUAUCCAUGGUGGCCUGGACAGGUGUUUGAUGCAUCUGCUGCAUCUAAAACUGCCAAGAAGCACUUCAAGAAAGGAAAUGUCUUGGUUGCGUAUUUUGGGGAUUGUACUUUUGCUUGGAUUAAUGCAUCUCGGAUCAAGCCUUUUCAUCAGCAUUUCUCUCUAAUGCAGGAUCAGAGCAACUCGGCUCAGUUUCGUGAUGCUAUUGAUUGUGCUUUGGAAGAGGUUUCAAGGAGAGUAGAGUUUGGUUUAUCUUGCUCUUGUAUCUCAGAGGAAGCCUAUAUCAAACUCAAGACUCAGAACAUAGUCAGUGCUGGAAUUCGUGAGGAAUCAAGGGUGAGAUAUGGUGGAGACAAGUUAUCGAAUGCAGACUCCUUUGAACCUGUGAAACUCGUGGAAUCUAUCAGGCGUUUAGCUUGCUCUCCUGGCUAUGAUGCGACUGAGGAGCUGAAACUUGUUAUAAACCGAGCUCAGGUUUUGUCUUUUCGACAAUGGAAAGACUAUUCUCACUCCCUUGACUAUGAAACAUUUACAAAGUCGAUAGAAUCCGCAGCUUCUCUCCCAAAAGCAAAUACAGUUGUAGGAAUAUCUUCCAGAAAGAGAAAGACAGAUUACAAAGAUAAUGCUGAACACAAGGAAAGGUUUGAUUCUGAGCAUAGGACUGAUGAAGAGACAAAGGAGAAGACUUUGUCAGAUUUGAUUGUAAAGAGACGCUGUGGGGGCAAAUCAACUGAGAAAUUGGAUGGUAAGUCGCAUUCUGAGAAGAAACGUAAGGCUGAGUCUUUGGAAUCUGGUAAGUCUGAGAAAAGGAUCAAGAACAACCGACAAAAAGAGGAUUCAGUUUCUAAAAUCUCUGAUGAGGAAAAUAACUUUGCAGUGGGUGAUGCUAAUAAACUACAGAUGGCGGCUGAACCAUGUUAUGGAAUUGAAGGGGGAAGCGAGAUAGAUUCUUUAACUCCUACACUUAAGCCUUGCAAUGAUUCUAAUUCUACCACAAACUUAGAAGUUGAGAACGAGAAGACGAAGAAGCCAAAACACGAAGAGCUUGCCGAAAGAAAGAUUUCUUCUCCUGGCCUUCACGCUGCCAAAACUCCAACGGGGAUACCCGAAUCAAUCGGCAUAGAUCCCUUGAAUUAUGAAGAUUUUGAAAAGUUCAUUAAUGAACUAUCUUGCAGUAAACUCAAUAAUGGUAUCACUGAGACAGAACCUGGUGAUAAGAAAGACUCUACAGAAGAUCUGAUCUUCCCUGCAUAUAAAGAAAUCACUGGCUCAGGCUUGAAAGAACAAAUUGGUGCAAAGGACUGUUCUGCGGAUUCUUCAGCACCUAAUGCGUUAAUCCUUAACACUGGGAAUUCAGGUUCAGUUCCACCUGAAGAAAUGCUACACUUAAAGGGAAGUAUUGCUGAGAAACCUUCUGAUAAGAAAGACUCUGAAGAAGUGCAGAUCUUACCUGCAAAUAAAGAUAUCACUGCUUCAGGCUCAAAAGAGCAAAUUGGUCUCAAGGACUGUUCUGCAGAUUCAUCAGCACCCUAUGCGUUAAUCCUCAAAUUUGCAGAUUCAGGUUCGGUUCCGUCAGUAGAAAAGCUGAACGAGAUAUUUAACCGUUACGGUCCUCUCCAUGAGUCGAAGACUACGGUCACGAAGAAGGGCAAGAGAGCCAAAGUAUUGUUCAAAAGAAGCGAAGACGCAGAGACUGCCUUCAGCAGCGCCGGGAAAUACAGCAUCUUUGGACCUUCUCUUCUAAGUUACAGACUCGAAUAUGUUUGCCCCAAAGCGAAAAAGAGCAACAACAUGACUGUUUGAUCCACAUCGUCGGCAUCUCUUAACUUUGUUAGGCCAGGGUUCGAUCAGAUUAUAUCAGCUAGUUAUGUGAAUGAGACUAGGAUUAAAAGUUUGGUAUUACAUCAUUUAUUCUUUACUCAAGACCAACAAAACCAGGUUUCUAAUUGGUUACGAUAAGUCGAUAACUAUAAAAUUGGUAACAAAACCAACAAUGAGGCUUAAAAGAGCAAAUUGAUUGAAAACCAUAACAUAAAACGAUGUCUAAACUCCAAA